AUGAGGAUCGCCAUCCGCGAGCAGCUCGCCCUGCUGGUCCUCUCGACGACCCUCGUCGCCCUCGCCGUCGUCUCCGUCCCGACAUGGCUCUACGUCAACAACCACAUCGCCGGCAACCUGCGCAGCGGCCUGUCCCUCACGGCCUCGCUCAAGGCCUCGCGCAUAACCUCCCUGCUCGAGCUCAUCCAGACCAGCUGCUACACCAUGGGCUCGCGCCUGCUGAUACAGGAGGCCCUCGGCGACUUCUACUCGCUCGGCGAGUCCAACUGGCAGGGCGCCGCCAUCGACAUCACCAGCGCCCUCAGCGUCGGCGCCACCACCGGCCUCCUCCAGGUCCGCAUCUACUCCCGCAACCGGACCGGCAACCCCCUCGGCCUGCUCAACGUCACCGCCGCCAACGUGCCCCACAUCGUCCUGCCCUACACGGCCCCCAACGGCUCCCAGGUCACCCUCGGCGACCCGGACUACGGGUACCCCCCCAUGCUGUACCCCAACAUCACCUACCUCGACCUCGACCGCGGCAACGCCAUCCGCCCGGACGUCCCCGCCACCGUCGCCGAGGCCUUCCCCGGCGUCCGGAUCUCGCGCAACGGCGGGCUCCUCCUAGGCCCCCUGGCUAUCAACGAGACCACCGCCCUCGUGUCCGUCUCGGUCCCCAUCAGGGACAAUAACGACCGCUUCAUCCUCGGCUACAUGACCGUCCUCGCCACGGCCUCGCCCAUCAUCCAGGUCAGGGAUUCGCGCGAGGGCAUGGGCGAGAGCGGGAUGGUGCUCAUCGUCGGUCCCACCGAGGCCUCGAACCGGUUCGACGCCAGCCUGCCCCCGAGCAACGAGACCUACACCCCGCCCAGGGACGAGUUCGCCAAGCUCGACGUCCACUUCGUCCUGCCCCCCAACGCCGAGGACGACGAGUCCCUGGGCCGCCACUCGGACCACCUCCUCUCCCGGGGCACGGCCGGCGACCCCUUCCCCGUCGCCGACUACCCGGCCGCCCUGGCCGCCUUCAGCGGCCGGUCCGAGACGGUCAACAACGCGAGCGCCAUGCUCCACACCCGCAACGAGCAGGGCGUCAAGGUCUCGGUCGGCUACGCGAGGACCCAGACCCCGCUGGCCAACUGGACCGUCAUCGUCGAGAAGUCCAAGAAGGAGGCCUACCAGCCGAUAUCGACCCUGAGCGACAUCCUCCUCGGCACCGUCUUCGGCACCGCCGCCAUCCUGGCCCUGCUGGCCCUGCCCUGCGCCCACGUCGGCGUGAUGCCCAUCCGGAAGCUCAAGGCCGCCACGGAGAAGUCCGUCAGCCCCCCCGGCUACGAGGAGUGCUUCACCGACUCGGACGGCUACUCGUCCGACCUCCCGCCGACGGCGUCGCAGAAGUCCAAGAGGAACAUCAUCACCACCGUGUCCCACCUCCUGUGGCGCGCCAAGCCGGCCAACGCCACCGCGUCGCACGACACGGCCCGACGCACCUUCAAGAUACCCGGCAAGGUCGACGUGCGGAGGCACUGGAUCAGGGACGAGCUCACCGAGCUCACCGACACCUUCAACAGCAUGAGCGACGAGCUGGUCAAGCAGUACAACUCGCUCGACGACAAGGUGGCCGAGCGGACCAAGCAGCUCAGCGAGAGCAAGAAGGCCGCCGAGGCCGCCAACGAGAGCAAGACGCUCUUCAUCGCCAACAUCUCCCACGAGCUCAAGACGCCGCUCAACGGCAUCCUCGGCCUCUGCGCCGUCUGCAUGGAGGAGACGGACAUUGCCAAGAUCAAGCAGUCGCUCAAGGUCGUCUACGGGUCCGGCGACUUGCUGCUGCACCUGCUCGAGGACCUGCUGAGCUUCUCCAAGAACCAGAUCGGCCACCAGGUCAUGGUCGAGCCCAGGGUCUUCCGCCUCGCCGACGUGCGCUCGCAGAUCCUCGCCAUCUUCGACAAGCAGGCCAGGGAGGGUCAGAUCGACUUCUCCGUCAGCUUCUCCAGCGCGUGCAGCCUCUUCGAGGGCGACGGCGAGCCCUACCAGUCAACGCCGUCGCCCAACCUGCCCAAGGUGCCCAAGCUCGAGGACGUCGCCCUCUGGGGUGACCAGCACCGCAUCCUGCAGGUCAUCAUCAACCUCGUGGGCAACAGCCUCAAGUUCACCCCCUCGCAGGGCCGGGUCGAGGUCAGCAUCAGGUGCGCGGGCGAGGACACGCCGUCCCAGCAGCACGAAGACGUCAGCCGCAGCUCGUCCGUGUCCAAGGGGCACUCCAGGGGCGCCCGCCGCCGCCGCGGCUCGAGCUCGGUGCAGUCGACCGUCUCCGCCGCGGCGGCCGGCGGCCCCGCCGCCAGCGGACCGAGCCUCGGACGCACCGCCCUCGCCAUCAACCCCAUGGAACCGAAGGCCAGCAGCAUGUCGGACGCCGGCGCCGUCCCCGGGUCCAAGACCUUCCUGUUCGAGUUCGUCGUCCGCGACACGGGCCCGGGCAUCCCGCAGCACCUGCAGGACAAGGUCUUCGAGCCCUUCGUCCAGGGCGACCCGGGCCUCAGCAAGAAGUUUGGAGGCACGGGGCUCGGCCUCAGCAUCUGCCAGCAGCUGGCGAGCCUCAUGGGUGGCUCCAUCGACCUCGACAGCACCGAGGGCUCCGGCAGCACCUUCACCAUGCGCAUCCCGCUCCGGUUCGCCAGGGGCAGAUGGUCGUCCGUCGACUGCACGGCAGGCGGCGGCGAGAACGCAGCGCCGGAGCCGGGAUGGGGGCCCCAGGCCGACGGCGGCGGCAGCAGCACCGGCAGCACCGCCCCGGACCCGGCCGCUUGGGCCGGAGGAGCGGGCACGCCCAGACGUUCGCUGGAGGAGCGGACGCCUUCGAGCUCGCUCAGCUCGCAGCCGCGCCUGGUCGGGCUGCGCCAGCCGUACUUCUCGGUCAACCUGCCGACGGCGACCGGCCCGUCGGAGUCGUCGCCGUCGCCGUCCCUGCCAUCGGUGAUCAAGAAGGCGGCGGCGGCGGCGGCGCGGGACGGCGACGACGCGCAGACCAGCAAGCUCCGGGUGCUGGUGGCGGACGACAACUCGACCAACGUCGAGGUGGUGCGGCGGAUGCUCAAGCUGGAGGACAUCAGCGACGUGACCAUCGCCAAGGACGGGCAGGAGGCGUAUGAGCUGGUCAAGAGCACGAUGGAGAGCAACGACCCGUUCGACGUCAUCUUCAUGGACGUCCAGAUGCCCAACGUCGACGGCCUGCAGAGCACGCGGCUGAUCCGCGGCAUGGGCUUCACGUCGCCCAUCGUGGCGCUCACGGCCUUCUCGGAGGAGAGCAACGUGCGCGAGUGCAUCAACUCGGGCAUGAACGAGUUCCUGUCCAAGCCCAUACGGAGGCCCGCGCUCAAGCAGGUGCUGCAGCAGUUUGCCACCAUCCCCGAGGAGCCAGAGUCACCGUCGUCACCGACGCUGCCGGCCUCGCGCAAGGUCAGGCCGCUGUCGUUGUCUCCCACCUCUAACCCUCAUCCUUCUCCUGCCGCUGCCAACGCUGAUGCUGCUGCGGCUGCUGCCGUCUCGUUACAUGCUGGUGAAGAGGAGCGUGGAGAGACAGAGUUGCCACCUUCACCUCCGUUUCACGACUCGAGAUGA